AGUCGUCAAGACCGCCAAAGCUAAAAAGGAAUUGUCUAAGCGGGAAGCGGCAAGGGAAUGUGAGAGAAUGGCAAGGGCGACUCCUUCCCCAAGGACGGAGGAUGGCCGUCGGGAAGUUGGUACCAGCAUGAGAGGUGCGCAGCAAGGGAAGGAAGAAAGUGGGAAGGGACAGGGCGCAAGGCGCUGGCGCGAUGCGGCGGCAGGUGGGCCGAGGAGAUCGCAGGUUAGGGGGAACCGGCGCCCGGAGCGGAACGCCGUGUGGGACACAAAGGGAACGGGGGGAGUCGGAGACCGCCGCAAGGCGGAAGGACGUCAGGAGCACCAAGGGGCAGGAGUGUCGGCGACCACAUGGGAUCGGAAGACGGGGCUGUACCUACAGGACAAAGGGUCGGGGACCACGCGGGACCAGAGGACGGAGGAGGAGGAGGAGGAGGAGGUGGCGGUUGAAGAAGAGGAGGACCAAGAAAAGGAUGAGGAAGAAAAGGAGGAGGAGGAAGAGGCCGGCAUCAAACGAGGACGAGGAAGAGGAGGAGGAGAAGAAGAAAAGGUGGAGGAGGAGGAGGAUCAAGAAAAGGAGGAGGAAGCAAAGGAGGAGGAGGAAGAAAAGGAGGAGGAGGCCGACAUCAAACGAGGACGAGGAAGAGAAGGAGAAGGAGAAGAACAAAAGGAGGAGGAGGAGGAGGAGGAGAGGAGGAGAAGAAGAGAAGGAGGAAGAAGAAGAAGAAGCGAGGAAGAAGAGGAGGAGGAGGAAGAAGAAGAAGAAGUCGUCGACCUUCAUCAAAAGAUAUUGUGGGAAGAUUUGAUGAAGGAAUGGACGAAGCGGUUCAUCGUUGACGACGCCCCGACGGUCGCCAUCAACCACCUCUUCACCAUGACUCAAGGCAACACACUGACACGCGACUGGCUCACAGAAUGGCAAAACAUCGUGGCAACACCCAAUCUUGACUUGCCAUUUUUACAUCUGCGCCGCGAGUUCUACAACCGGUCGUGUCCCGCCUCGAGCUUCGCUCUCGGUGAUCGUGAAAAAUGCACGACCUUCGCCGAAAUCAUCAACAAGGCUUGUGAGAUCAUCAAGACCAACCGGGUUGCCGCACACGAGAAAUCCAGGUCACAGCCCGCCUACGUGGAGAAAGGGAAAUUUGGUCCGCAUCCGCAGCUAGUCGCUGCUGUCCAACCGGACAACCUUGUGGAAGACUCCGCAGCCACCCCAGGCUCGUGAGAUCAUCAAGACCAACCGGGUUGCCGCACACGAGAAAUCCAGGUCACAGCCCGCCUAUGUGGAGAAAGGGAAAUUUGGUCCGCAUCCGCAGCUAGUCGCUGCAGUCCAACCGGACAACCUUGUGGAAGACUCCGCAGCCACCCCAGCAUCACGUGAGGGAGAUCAAGUGGCCGCCAUCCAGCCACGAAGCAACAACAAAUCCCGUGGAAAAGG